AUGUCCUCGAAUCCACCAUCGGCCACGCCGCCGAAGCCGAUCGACCCCGAGUGGGCCGCGGAGAGCAACACGCCCAUGAUCCUGGGCGUUACUGGGGGAUUUCAUGCGCUUGCUCUCCUUUUUGUCGCCCUUCGAGUGUAUACCCGGAUGUUCGUUGUCAAGCUCAUGGGGAGAGAUGACUAUGUUGUCGUAGCUUCUAUGCUGUGUGCCGUUGCAGGCAUGACGAUCUUUUCGGUACAAUCCUUCCAUGGUCUGGGGAAACACACCAUCACUAUUGCCGCGGAAGACAUGCUCAUCAUGAGGAAAUCGAGCUUCUUUCAAUCUAUCAUCUCCUCGAUUGCGGGUCUGGCUCUCCUGAAAGUCUCGAUUGGUCUCUCGCUACUUCGACUGAGUCGUAGUGUUUGGUACUCUCGCUCCUUGUGGGCAUUGAUUGUAUUUGUCUCAGCCUACAGCAUCAUGGCAUGGAUGACUUUCUUCUUCUAUUGUCAGCCUCUUGAGGGAUACUGGAACAAAGCCAUUCAGCCGAAAUGUUACCCAAUCACGCUCUUCAUUAAGUUUGGGCUUAUUAACACAGCUUUCAAUAUCUUCACUGAUGUCUGCUUCGCAACGCUGCCGGUGACGAUCAUCUGGACUCUUCAGAUGAAACUUCGAACAAGAAUCUAUUUGGUUGUUGUACUGAGUCUUGGAUACUUUGCUGUUGCGAUGGGAGUUAUCAAAUCAAUCUACCAGAUUGCCUAUGGAAAAGACCAAGACAAGACCUUCUAUCAAAGCAUUCAAUUCUGGGAGUUCCUCCAGCUCAACCUCGGCAUCAUCGCCGCCUGUGCCCCGUCCCUGAAGCCUCUAGUCGGCCACGCCCUCAAGAUUUCAUCGAGCGACCGUUAUCAUGGAGAACUGUACGAGAACCGGCGACCGACAGGAACCAAUUCAUCGAUGCGGCGACGCGGAUACAGAGAACAAAACAGUCAGGCGGAAUAUGAGUUGCAGGACCGCCCUUUUGCUGGAUCCCCGGAUGCUCAUAAAGCUGCCGUCGGUAACAUUCAUGACACUGUCUACGAGAAGCAUGGUGGAAGGGGGUCCGGGUCCGGCAGUGAAGAGAUGAUUCUGAGAGAGGAUAAGAGUAACGCAGGAAUUAUGAGAACAACGGAAAUCACAGUUCAGCGAUGA